AGUUGGUGCGCAACUGCGAGCUGCGAGCGCUGCACCCAAGUCGGAAAAUCGCGGAAAUCCACCUAGUGCUUAGUGCAGCGAGGACGGUUGGCAGCGCAACAGGCCCUAGGGUGUUUUCCGGAAAACAGGGCCACGUGAUCGCGGCAUGCACUGUGCGGUGGUGGGGGGGCGAAAACAGUGCGGCAUUCCGAGAAAUUUGUGAAUUUGGGCCUACGCGGUGCGUGUCACGUCCACAGGGUGCGAGGAGCCCCGCGCAGGGCCGGAUUUCAGCCUGAGAGGCAUGCGAGAGUGUGUGCGAGUGCCAGUGCGUCGCCGGGCCCUUUUGUGAAGGGCUUACAUGACAUGUCUCAGAGGGACUCUGUCAUACAUCUGAUCGCCGGGGGGGUCGCCGGUACGGUGGGGGCCAUAGUGACAUGUCCCCUCGAAGUGGUAAAAACUCGUCAGCAGUCGUCAAACAGUGGCUUCCACCAGUUGCCUCAGAUAGCACAGGAGCCCCCCGGCGGUUCUCAAACCACGUGCCGUACCGUAUAUCCCGCACAGAGGCGUAGGUUAUGGACCACUACACGGCACAGCCGGCCUCAAGUUGUGGCUCUUUCAGGUUACGUCAGAUCUUCGUCCAAUAGUAUGACCAUCGUCCAAUGCCUGAAACACAUAAUCAAGCACGAAGGACCGAUGGCCUUGUUCAAAGGCCUGGGCCCGAACCUCGUAGGUGUGGCCCCUUCGAGGGCCGUCUACUUCGCCACGUAUUCCCAAGCGAAAUUCUUCUGGAACGGCCUCCUUCCUCCCGAUUCCCCCAUGGUGCACGUGUGCUCGGCGUCGUGUGCCGGCUUCGUCGCGAGCACCCUCACCAACCCCAUAUGGUUCGUCAAAACCCGACUGCAGCUCGACCUGAACAAGAACAGCAACAUGACCGCUUUUGAAUGUAUCCGCAGGAUAUACGCCAGAUCGGGCAUCCUGGGCUUCUACAAAGGCAUCUCCGCCUCCUACAUGGGCAUCUCCGAGACCAUCGUCCACUUCGUCAUCUACGAAGCGAUCAAAGCCGAACUGAUCAACCACCAUCAAUAUUCCGUCGAGAAAAGUUCUCGGGACUUUUUCGAGUUCAUGAUGGCGGGGGCAGUGUCGAAGACGGUCGCGUCGUGCAUCGCGUACCCGCACGAGGUCGCCCGAACCCGCCUUCGCGAGGAGGGCAGCAGGUACACCGGCUUCUGGCAGACCCUCACUUUGGUCUUUAAGGAGGAGGGCGUCCGGGGGGUGUACCGGGGUCUGACGACGCAGCUCGUCCGGCAGAUACCGAAUACGGCCAUCAUGAUGGCGACCUACGAGGCUGUGGUGUACGUGCUGACGACGAAGACGGGGACCGACUUCUACGAGAAGGAGGAGGCUCGCGGAUAACAGGGUCGUAGUCUUGAUGUUAGAGAUCUGUGUUAUUACGUUGUAAAGUUGAGGUUAGGUUAAGUUUCAAUUUGUGGAUGUAGUGGUGUACAGUAUUAGAGGUAAAGUGUUUUUUGUUGAGAGAUGAUUCUGGUCAUGUCGGUAGGGUAAGAUGUAAAAAUCGGUCGAGAACUGUUUUGUUAUGGAGAUUUAAGGUGGUUUCGAGAUGCGAUAUUUUCUUAUAGAUGUAUAAAUUUGCUCGUUGUAUAUAUGGCCAAGUUAUUGAUUUAAAUAUACCUUUUGUCUAAA